UUUUUUUUUUUUAUUCUUUGCUUACACUACCUACACUUAGCAUCCGUCUUCAACCUGCCGACGGCUAGGUUCUCUUCCCUCUGUUGUGGCCAGCUUAACAUGUUUUAUAGCUACCACGUACAAUAAUGAAGAGGAAGACGGCAGAAGAGGCUGGCAGCCUCGGUCUGCCUGAGCCCAAGAGGGGCCGUUCUGAAGACUCGAGUCCUAUCCAUGACGAUUAUAACUAUGAGUCGAGCCAGGCUGAAGACGAUCUUUCUGACGAGGAGUCGCAAUAUGCUCCGACCAUCCCAGCUGCAGCAAACCAUACUCCGCUAACCCCUCUAUCACCGUCGCGCAAGUUCCCCUCCGACCUCAAGACGAUCAGAUGUACAUUUCCAGAUUGCCUGAAGACAUUUAACCGGCCGGCUCGACUUGCUGCUCACUUGCGGUCUCACAACAAGGAACGGCCCUUCAAGUGUACCGUCCCUGGCUGCGACAAAGACUACAUCGAGGAGAAGCAUCUCAGGCAGCACAUCAAGGGUUCUCACACCAGCGUGAGGGACCAUAUCUGCACUCAACCCAACUGUGGCAAGAGCUUCAUGACCGCAACCCGUCUCAGACGACAUCAGGCUGUCCAUGAAGGCGAGGAGCGAUUCCGGUGCCGAGACUACCCUCCUUGUGACCAGUCCUUCCGCAAGCAUCAGACACUUCAACGCCAUAUCCGUUCUGAGCAUCUUCGCCUGGCCCCCUUUCCUUGCGACUUUAAGCAAGGCGCAUCUGGAACACCUUGCGGCGAGGGAUUCGAUAGUGCUGGCGCACUAAGGAGACACCAAGAACGGGAGCAUGGCGAACUUCGCUUCUGGUGCGAAGAAUGUAACCCACACCAGAACGGCAGCAAUCAGCAACAGCAGAGGGUAGGAUUCGCUACCAUGGUCCAGCUACAGGCCCACAUAAAACAGGCCCAUGUCAAUUGUAUGUUCUGUGGGCUGGUAUGUGACGGCAGAGCAGGUCUUGAACAACACAUCGAGUCACAACACGCGAACCCACAAAGGCAAAGUCUUGAGGAGCGGAAGACUGUCCGAUGCACCUGGCCGGGCUGUACUAAGAUGUUCACAAAGAAGUCGAACCUGAACAUGCACGUGCGAAGCUUCCACAAUUGCCUCCGCUUUGUCUGCGGAGAAGUUGACUUAGGCGGCACAGCAGAUCUGGUUUUGUGGCAGCAGUCCGAGGGCUGCGGGGAGAGCUUCUCCACCAAGGCCAGCUUGGAGAACCAUGUCCGAUACGUACAUAUGAAGCUCGAGCGGCCGGGGCAAGUCCAGGGGGCCUCGCCCAAACCCCGCCCCGCACCCGAUGUCAUGAGGGAUCUGACGGGCGUGGGCGAAAAGUCCAGGCGCACGCUCGCCUGCACGAUGUCUGGCUGCAAGGCUAAGUUCGUCCACGGCGGCGAGCUCGAGGCUCACCUACGGAGCCAGCACACCGUCGAGCAGGCGCUCCUGGAGCAGGUCGGAGCCGCGCCAGUGCCGGACCCGAUGCUGCCGGAGCUGCCGGCGGAAUUCGACGCCAUGAUUCCGGCAACGACGGCGACGACGACGGGCUGGGAGGGCAGUUACGGCGACAACGGCGAGUUCUGGAUCGGAGCCGACACCGCCGGUACGGGAGCUCUGGGCGCGGCAGGGCCCGGAGACGACGAAGAGGAGUGGACCCGGGACGAGGCGGAGAUGAAGCAGCUCAUCGAGCCUAAUGAGCUCGAGGGGCUCAUCGAUCCGGCACUCACCGGAUUUCAGUAAUGGACGGCGGAACAUAAUAGGUAGACAAAAGCUGCGAUACCCCUUUGCUUUAGAUAUGCUUGAGACGAGACGAUAAGAGCUUUUUAAAAAAAAUUCUUUUUCACGAAGGGAAACCGGAUGUGUUGCAUAUGUAAAUAUAGUAGUAGGGUAUAUUCAGGGCGGCUAAGGGUUAGGAUUUCACGGCGUCGUCGUGUACUCUGCUGUACCCUGCGAAUACGAUACAAUACGUGCCGUUUACG